GCCUCCGGGCCCUUCUCACGCAACUCCUGGGCACCGCGCCCCGGGCCAGGUGGGGCGGGGAUGGGCCGCCUGACCUCUGCCCCUGGAGGGAUGUGGCAGAGGCACGUACGCUCGCCCGGGAGCCUCCGCGCCAGGCGCCCCCCGCGGUCCGCGGGGUCUCCCUCCAGCCCUUCCCUCGGCCACCCACUGCUGGCCGCGCGGCCCCCAGCCUCCGCAUUGUCUCUGCCCUCCAACGCGAGCGCUUGCAAUGCUGGGAGCCAAGAGGGGCCCUCAACGGCCGGGAAGGAGGCGUGGCCACAUGCACGAGCCUGCCUAUAAAGGUGACAGUGCCUUCACCCUCACCCUGAAGGUGACAGUUCCUAGGAGCCUUCUCUGAUCCUCCUUGGGGGUCCCUGGCUCCACAGUCCAGUCUUCCCAGGUCAGCUCAGCACCUUCUCACAGCCACAGCAGUCCCCUCCAAGAUCCCUGCGCUGAUCAUGCUUUCUGAACUUGGACUCCCACUCCACAUCUCAGCCACGGAGCUUCUCCUGGUGUCUGCCGUCUUCUGCCUGGUAUUCUGGGUGGUCAGGGCCUCAAGGCCUCGGGUCCCCAAGGGUCUGAAGAGCCCACCCGGGCCAUGGGGCUGGCCCCUGAUUGGGCACGUGCUGACCCUGGGGAAGAACCCGCACCUGGCACUGGCCAAGAUGAGCCAGCAGUACGGGGACGUGCUGCAGAUCCGCAUUGGCUCCACGCCUGUGCUGGUGCUGAGCGGCCUGGACACCAUCCGGCAGGCCCUGGUGCGGCAGGGUGACCACUUCAAGGGCCGGCCCGACUUCUACAGCUUCACCCUGGUCACUGAUGGCCAGAGCAUGACCUUCAGCCCAGACUCCGGACCGGUGUGGGCUGCCCGCCGGCGCCUGGCCCACAAUGCCCUCAAAGCCUUCUCCAUCGCCUCCGACCCGUCUUCCUCGUUCUCCUGCUACCUGGAGGAGCACGUGAGCAAAGAGGCUGAAGCCCUAAUCAGCAAGUUGCAGGAGCUGAUGGCAGGGGCUGGGCACUUUGACCCCUACAGGUAUGUGGUUGUGUCAGUGGCCAAUGUGAUCUGUGCUAUAUGCUUUGGCCAGCGCUAUGACCAUGACAACCAAGAACUGCUUAGCCUGGUCAACCUGAAUAAUGAGUUUGGGGAGAUGGUGGCCUCAGGAAACCCAGCUGACUUCAUCCCCAUCCUCCGCUACCUGCCCAACCCUGCCCUGGAUGCCUUCAAGGAUCUGAAUAAGAAGUUCUACAGCUUCAUGCAGAAGAUGGUCAAGGAGCACUAUAAAAUAUUUGAGAAGGGCCAUAUCCGGGACAUCACAGACAGCCUGAUUGAGCACUGUCAGGAUAGGAAGCUGGAUGAGAAUGCCAACAUUCAGCUGUCCGAUGAGAAGAUCAUUAAUGUUGUCUCGGAUAUCUUUGGAGCCGGGUUUGACACAGUCACAACUGCCAUCUCCUGGAGCUUAAUGUACUUGGUGACAAACCCCAGGAUACAGAAAAAGAUCCAGGAGGAGCUAGACACGGUGAUCGGCAGGGCGCGGCGGCCCCGGCUGUCUGACAGGCCCCAGCUGCCCUACAUGGAGGCCUUCAUCCUGGAGACCUUCCGACACUCCUCCUUCGUCCCUUUCACCAUCCCCCACAGCACCACGAGAGACACAAGUCUGAAUGGCUUUUACAUCCCCAAGGGGCACUGUGUCUUUGUGAACCAGUGGCAGAUCAACCAUGACCAGAAGCUGUGGGGUGACCCAUUCGAGUUCCGUCCCGAGCGUUUUCUCACCCCUGAUGGCAUUAUUAACAAGGCGCUGAGUGAGAAGAUGAUUCUCUUUGGCUUGGGCAAGCGGAAGUGCAUUGGGGAGACCAUCGGCCGCUUGGAGGUCUUUCUUUUCCUGGCCACCCUGCUGCAGCAGGUGGAAUUCAGCGUGUUGCCAGGCAUGAAGGUGGACAUGACCCCCAUCUAUGGACUGACCAUGAAGCAUGCCCGUUGUGAGCACUUCCAAGUGCAGAUGCGGUGUUAGGGGCCCGAGAACCCUGAAGCCCAGACUCUGCCUACCUGGCCUGCCUGGGCAGCCUGACCAGGGGGCUGGCCCGGGAGUGUCUAAGCUUCAGCCUGAAACUCACAGAGACUGGCUUGGCUGUUUUUGCUUUCAGAGCUGUGGGCAAGCCUGAGGGAUCAGGCCUGCCCCUAGCCUGGACUUGUCCCUCUCCAUAUCCACCAAGACAGUGAACACAGCAGGAGCCGAUGAAGCCUUCUGAUGUUGUGCUUGAGCUAGGGGGCCUGGCAGGGUGAAGGAGGCCUCUGAGAACCUCUGAAGAGCUCUCCAGAAGCCCCUUGGCCCCGCAGCUGGCUGGCUCUAUGGGGUGUUGACUGGUUUGAGAAACAGAGCACGCCACACCAAGACCUCUUUGACAAUUGGGAGCCACCAAGACUGGAGAGAAAAGACAACUCAGGAUACUGGCACAGAGGUAGCCUCACUGCUUGAACAACGCUGAGCAAUCUGACCCCAUGGAUCUGGGGAUCGUGCCUGGGGGAAUCGCCUUCCUCUGCCCUCCCUGCAGGCAGGAACAAAUGGGCUGCCUCUUGGCCUUAUAAAGGCCCGUUUCUGUCCAGGAGGGGCUGAGGACUUGUGUCUAAGAGGAGCAGGAAGCAGACGGAGUGCACAUUUCUGGGCACCAAGAUGAGGGUCGUGGGGCUGGUGGUAUUUCAAUCACCUUCUGCCUGUUUCCCUUCCCUACACCCUGUAUGAGUAUGUCUGUUUUUAAUGUUUGUAAUCACCAGCCUUUUUAUUCUAGUCUGUAUUGUGUUUGCAUGUUUGCAUUUAUCAUAUAUAAGGGCUUAAGAACCAUUGAUUUAAUGCAAUAGAGAAAAUUCUAACCCAAGUAUCCAAAAAUGUGGAGGAACAUCUACUUGAGCUAAAUAAAGAUAUUCUCUUAAAGUCC